UCUGGACCCACUUCUGGACCAACCAGUGGACCAACCAGCGGACCUACAUCUGGACCAACCAGCGGACCAACAUCUGGGCCUACCAGUGGACCUACCUCUGGUCCAACUUCUGGACCAACAAGCGGACCUACCUCUGGUCCAACAUCUGGACCAACAUCUGGACCAACCAGCGGCCCAACCAGCGGGCCCACAUCAGGACCAACUUCUGGACCUACCUCUGGCCCAACUUCUGGUCCAACAUCAGGUCCAACUUCUGGACCAACAUCUGGUCCUACAUCAGGACCAACCUCUGGACCUACUUCUGGUCCAACCAGCGGACCCACAUCAGGACCAACUUCUGGACCUACCUCUGGCCCAACUUCUGGUCCAACAUCAGGUCCAACUUCUGGACCAACAUCUGGACCAACAUCAGGGCCCACAAGUGGACCUACCUCAGGCCCAACUUCUGGUCCAACCUCAGGUCCAACUUCUGGACCAACAUCUGGACCUACAUCAGGGCCCACAAGUGGACCUACCUCAGGCCCAACUUCUGGUCCUACCUCCGGUCCAACUAGUGGCCCAACUUCUGGUCCUACCUCCGGUCCAACUAGUGGCCCAACUUCUGGACCCACUAGCGGGCCUACAAGUGGCCCGACUUCAGGACCAACUAGUGGACCAACUAGUGGACCUACAUCAGGACCCACCUCUGGGCCAACCAGCGGACCUACAUCAGGACCCACCUCUGGACCCACCAGUGGACCAACAAGCGGACCGACUUCAGGCCCAACCAGUGGUCCUACCUCUGGACCCACAUCCGGACCAACAAGUAGUCCCACCUCCGGCCCAACAAGUGGACCAACCAGUGGUCCUACCUCUGGACCUACCAGUGGACCUACCUCUGGCCCUACUAGUGGGCCAACCUCGGGACCAACUAGUGGUCCCACGAGUGGACCUACAUCUGGCCCAACUAGUGGACCUACAAGCAGUCCAACAUCUGGUCCAACUAGUAAACCAACUUCUGGUCCCACAUCAGGGCCAACUUCUGGACCUACGAGUGGACCUACUUCAGGACCCACGUCGGGACCAACCUCCGGACCUACUUCUGGACCCACUUCAGGUCCAACAUCUGGACCCACUUCAGGACCUACAUCUGGACCAACAUCUACACCAACAAGCGGGCCUACAUCAGGACCUACCUCCGGUCCAACUAGUGGCCCAACUUCUGGACCCACUAGCGGGCCUACAAGUAGUCCGACUUCAGGACCAACAUCUGCACCUACAUCUGCGCCAACAUCUGAUCCUACAAGCGGACCUACAUCUGGACCAACCUCCACACCAACAUCUGGGCCCACAGGUGGACCAACUUCCGUGCCAACCUCUGGACCUACAAGUGGACCUACCUCUGGCCCUACUUCUGUUCCAACAUCUGGCCCUACUUCUGGUC